AUGAGUAGUCCAGUUCACUCAAAAGUCGAAAGGAGAAUCACUUUGUUAGAAACAGAAGAAGAAAGUAGUAAUGGAAUGAGCGAAGAUGAAAAAAAGGAAGAGAUAGAGAGUAGUGAUGAAAGUAUGUCUGUUGAUAUGGAUGAAGAAAGUGGAGAUAAUAAUGAAAGUGAUGUAAAUGUUCAAGAAACAGUCCCCACAAGAAAAGAAAAAGUUUCAAAAACUCAAGAAGAAUUAGUUAUUGGUAAUCCAGUGAUGAUUCAUCGUUUAAGACAAAGAAACCAAACAAAGACAAGAGUUCCAGUAGAGGCAGAUGAUGGAAGUAAGAGUGAAGAAUAUCUAGAUGAAAAACAAAAUAAUGAGAGUGAAGAGUUAGAAAAAGAAGAAAGUAAAAGUGAAGAAGAAGAAGAAGAAUUAAUAUUAGAAAGACCAAAAACUAGGCUUAGAGAGAGAAAAAAUAUUGGGAUGAUUGAUUUUGAUAGAGAAUUUGAAGGUAGUCUCAAAGUAUCAAAGAAGAAAAAAAUUACUACACCAGUAAAAGCAUAUAGCCCUGUAUCAUAUUUAAGAGAUACUAUUGAUAAAGUUUUAGAUUACAGAAACAAAAAUGGGAAAGAAAUUGGAUUUGAAGAAAUACUUAGUUUUGAUUUUGAAAAUAAUGCAGAGUUUGAAAUUAAGUGGAUGAAUUUUUCAUAUAGACAUAAUACAUGGAUUAAUUUUGAAGAGAGUAUUGAAAUGAAAGGAGCUCUUAAAGUAAAGAAUUUUAUAAAAAAUCUUAAGAAACAAGCAGAACUUUAUAUUGGAGCACCAAAAGAAGACAUAGAGGCAAUUAAUGUAGAGAUGGAAAGUCAAAAAGAAGUUAUUGAAGGAUAUAAAAACGUUGAACGUAUUAUUGAUAAACAAGAAGGACCAGAUAAACAACUUAUGUACUUUGUGAAAUGGGUUGGACUACAAUACAGUGAAUGCUCAUGGGAAAAAGAAAGUGAUUUAAAAGAAGAAAAUGAUUUAAAAGAAAUAGAAAAGUAUCAUAAAAGAAUUAAAGAGUGGGAAGAAAAAAAAAGAAGUAUACCAAUACCAAGAAAAUUUAUUAAAUUUAUAGAAGGACCAGAAGUAAAAAAUAAAUUAAGAGACUAUCAAAUAGAAGGAGUAAAUUGGAUAACAUAUGCAUUUUCUCAAAAUACCAAUGUCAUUUUAGCAGAUGAAAUGGGAUUAGGUAAAACAGUACAAACUAUUACAUUUAUAAAACAUUUAUAUGAUAAUUAUAACAUUAUUGGACCAUUUCUUGUUAUUGUUCCAUUAUCAACAAUCAGUAAUUGGAGUAAAGAAUUUAAUAAAUGGGCACCUAAACUUAAUUGUGUUGUUUAUACUGGGGAUGGUGAAAGUAGAGCAAUUAUUAGAAAAACAGAAAUUUUUGGAAAUAAAAAAGGAACAAUUAAAUUUAAUGUUCUAUUAACAUCAUUUGAAUUAGUUAUUAAAGACCAAGAUCUUUUUAAUCAAUUUCAUUGGAAAUAUACUGUUGUUGAUGAAGCACAUCGUUUAAAAAAUAAUGAAGGACAAUUAUAUGAAGUAUUAAUGAGAACUACAACAGAAAAUAAAUUAUUAAUAACAGGAACACCACUUCAAAAUACAUUAAAAGAAUUAUGGAAUGGGGCUAUGGGAAGAGAGGCUAGACAAAGAGCUAUGGAUCAUUUUAAUGCAAAAGAUUCUACAGAUUUUGUAUUUUUAUUGUCUACAAGAGCAGGAGGACUUGGAAUUAAUUUAACAACAGCAGACACAGUUAUUAUAUAUGACUCUGAUUGGAAUCCACAAAACGAUUUACAAGCACAAGCAAGGUGUCAUAGAAUUGGUCAAGAAAAAACAGUUAAUAUUUAUAGAUUAGCAACAGAAGGAACUAUUGAAGAAAAGAUAUUACUUAGUGCAAAGAAAAAAUUAGUUUUAGAUCAUUUAAUUAUUCAAACUAUGGAAAAAAAAGGGAAAAAAAAUGGAAAUGAAUUAUUUGAUAAAUCAGAAUUACAAAAAAUUCUUCAAUUUGGUGCACAAGAUAUCUUUAACAAAGAUAAUGGUGAAAGAAAAGAAGUUAAUAUAGAUGAAAUUUUAGAACGUGCUGAUGUUGAAGAAGGAAAAGACGAAAGUAGUGGAGUAAAUGAAUUAUUAGGUGCAUUUAAUGUAGAAAAUUUUGCUAUUACUGGAGGAAAUAAUGUUAAUGAAUUUUGGAAUUCAGUUAUUACUCAACAAGAUAAAGAAGAAGCAAGAAAAUUAGAUGAACAAAUACUUGGUGUUAUUAGUAAGCCUAAAGAAGAAAAAGAAAAAAGUGAAAGAAAAAAACGUAAAAUUAUUGAAGAGAUAGAUGAAAAAAUAGUAAGAGGAGUACUUAGAGGAAUGAAGAGAUUUGGAUUUGCAAGAAUAGAUGAUAUUAUGACAAUUGUACGUAGUAGUUAUAAAAAACAAAACGAUAAUUUAGAAGAAAUUGUUCGUAAUUUAAUGGAAAGAAUUAUUAAUGCAUGUAGUAAAUUAGAAUCAAAAGGAGGGAACGUUAGAGAAUUAGAGAUGUACGUUGAAGGAAUAAAAUUCCUUCCAUUUGAAUUAGUUACUAAGAAUGAAGAAAUGAAAACGAUUGGAAUUCUUGUAAAAUAUAUGAAACGUCAUAAUAAUCAAUUACCUUUUGAAAUUAAAAAACCACAAUGGGCAAAUGGAUUUGAAUGGAAAAAUGAAUAUGAUCAACAAAUCGUAUUAGCAGUUCAGAAAAAUGGAGUUGGAGUUUGGAGUGAAUUAAAAAAAGAUGAAAAUAGUGGAAUUGAUAAAAUUCUUAGUGCUGGAGCAACUAUAACUCAUAUCCAAAGAAGAGCUGAAACUAUCAUCCGAGAAGGAAAGGAUUUGAUUAGAAGAAAGAAAUAUAUCAAAAGUCAUCCAGACCUUGAAGAAAAAAUGAAGCAAGAUAAAACUGAAAAAUAUAUUCAAGAAAUAGGUAAAUUUAUUGAACAGUCAGACGAAGAUGAGAUAAUUAAAAAACAAAUGUGGUACUUUGUUUCAACGUACACAAACUUAACUUUACAUGAAGUUAUUGAAAUUGGUACUGAACAACACUACAGAAAACGAAGCCAAAAUAAAGAUGAUUAUUUAGACAAACGAGGAUUGAAUUAA